AUGAGCAACAGUUGUAUUACCAACAACACUAGCUCAAAUCAUAAUCAUAAUCAUAAUCAUCAUCAUCAUAGUAGUAGUAGAAUCAGCAAUGGUACUCAAGCAUGCGCUGCAUGCAAAUACCAACGUAGGAAAUGUGCAUCAGAUUGUGCUUUAGCUCCUUAUUUCCCUCAUGAUCGUCAACGACAGUUUCUUAACGCGCAUAAGCUUUUCGGCGUUAGCAAUAUCACCAAGAUCAUACGUAACCUUAGUCCUCCUGAUAAAGAUAUAGCUAUGCGUACAAUAAUAUAUCAAUCAGAUGCCCGUGCUAAAGAUCCUGUAGGCGGGUGUUAUAGAAUUAUUAGAGAAUUACAAUACCAAAUCGCGUAUUUUAAGGCUGAAUUAGACGUUGUAAUUCAACAACUCGAGCUUUGUAAAGCUCAAGUUUAUCAUCAACAACAACAACAACAACUAUAUCCAGGGAACAAUAAUAAUAAUAAUAAUGAGCAACAAUAUAUGAAUAUGAUGUUGCCUAUUUCUUCUUGUUCUGAACAAAAUAAUGGACAAUUAGAUCAGAAUGAUCAGUAUUCAUGGGUGGCUCCUGCAAAUGAAGAAGCUGUGUUAGCUUCGUCGAAUAGUAGCACGAGUCAUGGUGAAUGUUUCGUAAUCAAGAGUGAGUUUGUGGGUGAAUGUGAAGGUUUAGAAAUGAAGCCACAAAUUCAGAUUGGUGCAAGUAAUGGAGGUUCUUAUGAUAUUGAUGAGGAAAGAGAAUAUGGAAGCAAGUUUGAUGAUGAUUCUUCUACUCAUGUUGAUCUUUCUUGUUGUGAUCUUCAAGGGGAUGAACUUAAGUUUGUUCCUCAGCAAACCACACAACUCAGUGAAGAGGAGGUGGUGGCGCUGAAAGGGGAAAAAAUUGUAGUGGAUAAUCCAGAAGAAGAAUCCUUCCACCAUAUUUCUGAGCAUGAUCUAAGGAAUGCAGCUACCAUGUUCACCCUCACAAAUUGA